AUCUCGAGCUGAACAAUUAUUUUCGCUACUAUGGCUUCCAGUUUGUUUUCAUUCGAAAUAAAUAAACAGUCUUCAUGAAAUGCAUCUAUGUUGUUAAAUAUUGUAGGAUAGAAAUUAAAACUUCCUUUCAGAUUCUGCUUUGUACAUUUUAUAGGCCUAGCCUAAGGGCGAUUUUAACGGCACUAACUAAUGAUGUGGUGUGAGGAGACCCAUUGUGACCCACCGACUGGAGAAAUACCGCCGCUACUGGUGGAACUAAGUGGUGUGAACCUGAGUGCACAAGUUGACCGUAGUGAGGAAGACGACGACGACGACGACGACGAGGAGGAUGAUGAUGAUGAUGAUGACGACGACGAUUGGGAUUGGAGUGAGAAUGGGAGAGACUUAACCAAGCGCUACACAUCCCUGAGAACAGGCCUUAAUCAACAGUCGAAUAAACAAAGUGCCAGCAGCAAAUCAGCGAAGAUGUCUACCCCCACUGACAAGGCACUGAGGAAAUUUGAACAUAAAAUAAACCUGGAUAAACUGAACUAUGCCGAUUCCGUGAUCAACAAAGUGACCGAGAUGCAGAGGCAAAGGGAAGCAGACGCGUAUCGAGUGAAAGACAAAUCAGACAGGGCUACUGUGGAACAGGUUUUGGACCCGAGGACUCGAAUGAUCCUCUUCAAGAUGCUGACCAGGGGGGUGAUCUCAGAAAUCAAUGGAUGCAUCAGUACAGGCAAGGAGGCAAAUGUUUACCAUGCAGGCACCGCUGGGGGAGAGAGCAGGGCAAUCAAAAUCUAUAAGACCUCUAUUCUGCAGUUCAAGGACCGGGACAAGUAUGUCAGUGGGGAGUUCAGGUUCCGUCAUGGCUACUGCAAAGGAAACCCAAGGAAAAUGGUACGGACCUGGGCAGAGAAGGAAAUGAGGAACUUGAUCAGGCUGCAGACCGCCCAGAUCCCCAGUCCAGAACCAAUAAUGCUCCGCAGUCAUGUUCUCGUCAUGGGCUUCAUCGGCAAGAACGACAUGCCGGCCCCGCUGCUGAAGAACGCGGUUCUGUCCGAGUCCAAGGCGCGGGAGCUGUACCUGCAGGUCAUCCAGAACAUGAGGAGGAUGUACCAGGAGGCCCGGCUGGUUCACGCCGACCUCAGCGAGUUUAACAUGCUGUACCACAACGGUGACGCCUACAUCAUUGAUGUGUCUCAGUCUGUGGAGCACGACCACCCACACGCCUUGGAGUUCCUGCGAAAGGACUGCUCUAAUGUCAACGACUUCUUCAUGAAGCACAGUGUCGCAGUAAUGACGGUCCGGGAGCUGUUCGAAUUUGUCACUGACCCCUCCAUCACCGAUGACAACAUCGACCAGUACUUGGAAAAGGCAAUGGAGGUUUCUUCAGACAGGACAGCAGAAGAAAGGUCAAAUCAGGACAAGGUUGAUGAAGAGGUUUUCAAGAAGGCCUACAUCCCUCGCACGCUGACUGAGGUCACACACUACGAGCGUGACGUUGACCACAUGAUGAAGAUGAAAGAGGAGGAGUCUUCGCUCGCCGCGCAGAACGACAACAUCCUGUACCAGACUGUCACAGGACUAAAGAAGGACUUAUCUGGUGUGCAAAAGGUACCGGCUCUGUUGGAGGACUGUGAGGAGGAGGAGGAGAGUUUGGGUUCUGAGGAAGAGGGAAGUGAGGGGUCUGAAAGCGAUGAUGAGUCCAAGGACAAGGAUGGCGAGGACGUAUCACAGGUCGACAAGAAGGCAAAAAAGAAAUUGGUAAAAGAUGCCCAGAGAGAGAAGAGGAAGAACAAGGUACCAAAACAUGUGAAGAAGCGCAAAGAGAAAGUGGCUAAAAUGAAGAAAGGAAGAUAGAGGAGGAAGAUGAAAGAAGUCUGACUGUAUUUCAAGCUGACUCGACUCCUCCACCCACAAGGGGGCAGCAUUAAACAUGCCUUUGGUUAUCCUGUCACUUUUACACUCCAGACUGACAGGCUUUUCAAACCAUGCUGACAUGAAUGAGUACAGAAAUAAGUCUGUUGCUUCCACCUAUUUACACAAUGUGUAGUGUGGUCAACAGCAGGCUCUAACAUCAGAAUUCUAUUGAACUGGAACUAGCUCUGAAGAUCCUAUUUAGAGGGCCUUGUCUUCACAGGAAUUGUGACAACAGAAGUUAUGAAUUGGAGGUAUUCCUCCAAAAGGUACUGCUCCAAAAGAUUUUUAAUUUGUGACACCGUCUGUGUUGCCUCGAACACACUUUAUUUAAAUUGUCUUUACAUGUUUGCAAAAUGAAACAGAUUAUGUAUGUUGUGGCUCAGCAUAACAGAAUAAAUGUCCACAUUUUAUUUGAUGGUCCACUAUGUACAAUCUUUGACAGAAUAUUGGUGAAAUGCCACUUUUUGCAUCUCAGUUGGGUUAUGCUCGAAUAACAUUCUCAUUUGAUCUAUGACACUAUUCGUGAAAAUUGAUGUUCGAGACAAUCUUGGCACUCAUCCCCACUGGUCACAAUGAAAAUAAAUGCCCAGGAAAGAUUGCGCUGGAUGGUGUAUGGAACAUUAAUUUUAAUUUUCACUGGGUUUUUAUUAUUUUUUUCUUUUGCUGUGAAACCUGAAAUAUUACCACAUAUUAAUCUUUUUCAUAUUGCAGUAAAAGCCCUGAAUACAACUUUGUAUAGGAUUAAAGAACAUUCAUAAAAUAAUCGAGUCAUGAAAUGCAACCCAAGGUUGACAAAGCUGUUUAUUUCUUUACAUGGGACACUGCAAUAUACAAAAAAAACAUCACCAGACAGUAUGCAACAGCUCUUGAUUUCUAAUCAUUGACUUCAACUUUUGACCAGUGAUUACACUCCCAACAUUGGAAGGGAUCAUUGCAGCUGCCAGUGAAUAGACAGGAAUGGGAUAUAAAUUCUUACGGUAUGCUUAAGUCUGUCUCUGUUAAUUUCUUUUGAUUAAUUCCUUGAUAGUUACUGAAAAUGAUGUAAACCUGUUAUACAGUUAGUUCAGGGUAUAUAGCAUAGUUGCUAAAUAAAGCUGAUGGCAAUAAUGUGUA